AAGAGUGCCCCUUUAUUAAUGGAAUAGGAAUAGAGGAUCUGAAAACAGAACAAUGUCAGCUGUACUUGUUUCCCAUCUUCUUAUUUAAAUUAUCUCAUGAGUUGGUCUCCCAUUGAAAGUUAUUGUUUAAAAAGUAGAGGGACAAAGUGUAGUCUGAGUUACAAGAAAAUGGCAUUGUUUAGAAGUGUUGGUAAAUUCUCUCCUGUGGCUGAUGUAUCUUGUCCACUGCCUGAGCCUCAUCUACGUACAAGAUCUCCAAACUGUAGGGUAUCAUCCUCUUCACAUUGUAUUUCUCAAACAUUGUAUGAGAUAACAAACCGGAAAAGAAAACCCAGAAGAUAUAAACUAAGCAAAGACUAUAUUGGCAGCCCCAGUAACUUCAAGCAUCUGUGUCACAUUGGAUGGAGUCCCCAGACUGGUUUUGCUACCAACUUAGAUCCUGAACUAAAGGUGAUCUUUGUUAAGGCUGGUAUAACACAGGAUCAUCUGAAGGACAGGAGAAUGUCAAAGAAGAUUUUUGAAACUAUUGAGAUACGUGGAGGAGUAGAAGCAGUACUAAAAGAGGCAAAGGCUAAAGGUUUAUUGAUCAAAUCCCUUGACCAUUGUCUGCUUUAUUCUGCGAUGCCUGCAGAGCUGGGUUCAGCUUGUAGCCAAAACACAGAACUAGAUUGCCAAACUCAAAGAAUGAAGGACAAGGUUAAAGAUGUACUAGCAGUGCCUUUCUCCAUAUCAAAAUCACACGAGUCGUCUCAUAAUGAUGAUCUCCCUUCAGUAGUCAUAUCUCCAGCACUUUGCAUGUCUCCUUCCAAAAGGACAUCUCAACAAAAAUUGAUCCAAGAUCUGAAAAAAGUGCAGCUGCAAAAGUCAAAGAGUGACAAACAACUAACUCCUUUCACCCAAGAUGUUGUAAUGCGUCAGAUCAGAAAAGGAACACAGCUGAAACCAGUGGUUCAGAAUCCAACUCCCAAUGACGAAGGAAUAGUCGCUGCUCUAAGGGAUGUUGUCCAGAAGAGACACAAGGCAAUAUAUAUUUCAGAUAAUGAAGAAUCUGACUUGGAGAAUGAUGAUGAAUGGGAUGAUUAAACUAUUACCAUCCUUUAGGGAAAGACAUCUUUUAAUACUUGAUCUGUGUAAUACAAAUAUUUUCUACAAUGCUUGGAGAAUAUGUGAGAGUUGAACUGUGCGGUAUUUAAAUGCUAAAGACACUGACAAGACAAUGUCUUAGUGGGUUUUUAACAAUAAAGUGCAGAUUACAAACUA